CCCGGGCCGCGCGCCGCCACCUCCUCCUCCUCCUCGGAGGCGAGCAGCGGCGGCUGCGGAAGAGACCCGGACUGCGUGGACGCGAGCGCCCGGGAGCCUGCGAGCAAUCGGGCCACGGCGGGGCAGCCCGCGGGACUGCCACUCACCGGGCCCCUCGACCCCCAGAGUUUGGAACUGCAGCUGGAGCGCGAGGCGGAGGGAGCGGGGCCACGGGAGGCGACCCCCGUUCAGCAGUCCCCCGACGGGCUGCUCCUGGACAUACUUGCCCAACGACACCCGCCCCCCGCCAAGCCGCAAGUCUUCUGCUCCGUGUACUGCGUGGAGAGCGACCUGCCCGAGGCCCCCACCGCCGAGUCAUUGUCGCCGCCAGAGUCCCCACCUCGAGCACCGCCGGGGCCGAUUCCCGCCAGCCCGCCGCCCUCCUUUCCCAGCUCUCCGUUGUCGCUCCCGGCUGACCCCCUCUCCCCCGACGGCGGCAGCAUCGAGCUGGAGUUCUACCUGGCUCCGGAGCCCUUCUCCGUGCCUGGCCUAUUAGGAGCUCCACCCUACUCUGGCCUGGGCGGGGUAGGGGACCCCUACGCGCCCCUCAUGGUGCUGAUGUGCCGGGUGUGCCUGGAAGACAAACCCAUCAAGCCCCUGCCCUGCUGCAAGAAGGCGGUGUGCGAGGAGUGCCUCAAAAUCUACCUGAGCGCCCAGGUACAGCUUGGCCAAGUAGAAAUCAAAUGCCCAAUCACGGAGUGUUUCGAAUUCCUGGAGGAAACUACUGUCGUCUACAACUUGACCCAUGAAGACUCCAUCAAGUAUAAGUACUUCUUGGAACUUGGCCGAAUUGACUCCAGCACCAAGCCGUGUCCUCAGUGCAAACACUUCACAACCUUUAAGAAAAAAGGACAUAUCCCCACACCUUCCAGAUCAGAAAGCAGAUACAAAAUCCAGUGUCCCACUUGCCAAUUCAUCUGGUGUUUUAAGUGCCACGCUCCUUGGCAUGAAGGUGUUAACUGCAAGGAGUACAAAAAAGGAGACAAGUUAUUGCGUCACUGGGCCAGCGAAAUUGAGCACGGGCAGAGAAAUGCCCAGAAGUGUCCAAAGUGCAAGAUCCAUAUCCAGAGAACGGAAGGAUGUGACCAUAUGACUUGUUCACAAUGUAACACUAAUUUCUGUUAUCGAUGUGGAGAGAGAUACCGCCAGCUCCGGUUUUUUGGAGACCACACAUCAAACCUCAGUAUAUUUGGAUGCAAAUAUCGCUACCUCCCAGAGAGACCUCAUUUAAGAAGAUUAGUUCGAGGGUCAGUCUGUGCUGGAAAGCUCUUCAUUGCGCCUCUCAUCCUGGUCUUGGGAUUGGCACUGGGGGCCAUAGCAGUUGUAAUCGGUUUAUUUGUAUUUCCUAUAUAUUGCCUUUGUAAAAAACAGAGAAAGCGAUCACGGACAGGUAUGCACUGGUAAUCUGCAGAGGAUUUCACAUGACAUCAGCCGGUACCAGGGGGAGCUGUGCAGGAUGGUCCACUGUCUGUGAGUCAGAUCCUUGAAAACACCUAGAGGAACUUCUGCCAUCUCGUCUCCUGUGGUUCUCUACAGGCCACAGUGCCUCUAGCUACGGUGCACUCCCAACAUGGUAUCCUGUCCUUUCCCGAAACAAAUUGCUGCUUUUUUAAAAAUGGUCACUUUCGUUAAUUAUAGACAUUUGUAUAGUAACUCUGACCUUUAUGGUUCUUGGAAGAAGAUAUUUUGAGAACAGGGUAUCCUCAGAUGUGUUUUGAGGGCACCUCACAGGAGUGUUGUUUGGACUGUCUGAACCCUGUGCUUCCCUCCAGGCUGUCUGUGAGAUUUGGUUUGCAUAGCUUGAAGUCCUGUCUGUCUCAACAAACAAAGCCACUUUGCAGAAGAUAAAUCACCAAGUGCACCUGUUGUCAUCUGUAACCCAAGUGGUACCAUUCUUUCGUUCUUUGGAUAUUGUAUUUGCUUUAAAAAAAAAAAAUUUCAGUACCCAGAAGGGACUUAAUGAAACUAAAUUAAUGAGAAGAACCAUGAGUUACUGGUGCGUAUGUGUAAGGAUGUGAAUGUGUGUAUAUAAACACGUAUUAAACCAGGCUCCAUAACCGUG